UUUUUCUGCUGUAUUUGUCUCAAAAACAAGGCUCCAGUGCUGUGACUCCUGUGUUUGUGCAGAAGGGAAAGGAUGUUCUUCUGAACAUCAUGACAGCUGAUGUUCCUGAGAACUUCUUUACUCUUCAAUGGAAAUUCAAUGCAAAUCUUGUUUUAGUAACAUAUUUACCUGAUAAAGAACCAACAGUCUCUCCUGUCUACACUGGAAGGAUUGAGACUGAUGUGAAAAAAUACUCUGUGAAAGUGAAGAAUGUACAAAAGGCAGACAGUGGAGUUUAUACUAUAACAGUGACAGGAACUGCAAGAACACAAAUACUAGCUGAAUACGAUGUCAGAGUUCAAGGUCCAGUGUCUCCAGUUGAACUGUCAGUGGACUCCAGUGUGUCCAGCAGCUCAGACUCCUGUAACCUCACUGUGACCUGCAGAACACAGGACUCUAACAUCAGCAGCACUUUCACAUGUGACAACCAAACCUGCAGUCCGGAGGGAGGAGAGCGAUCAGAGGUCACAACCUCUGGUGCUUCUCUACAUGUCUACCUGCUGAAUGACUCAAUCAUCUGUAACCAUAGCAACCAGGUCAGCUGGACUGAGGACAUUAAAAAGGCAGAACAUUUCUGCCCCCAACAUGCUGGCUCCAGUGCUGUGACUCCUGUGUUUGUGCAGAAAGGAAAGGAUGUUCUUCUGAACGUCAUGACAGCUGAUGUUCCUGAAAACUUUUUUAUUCUUUCAUGGAGAUUCAAUCAAAAGGAUGUUUUAGUUACAUUUUUUCCUGAUAAAGAACCAACAGUCUCUAAUAAUUACACUGGAAGGAUUGAGACUGAUGUGAAAAAAUACUCACUGAAAUUAAACAAUCUACAAGAGGCAGACAGUGGAGUUUAUACUGCACGAGUGACAGGGUCUGAAGAAGAACGAAUACUAGCUGAAUACAACGUCACAGUUCAAGGUCCAGUGUCUCCAGUUGAACUGUCAGUGGACUCUGUGUCCAACAGCUCAGACUCCUGUAACCUCACUGUGACCUGCAGAACACAGGACUCUCACAUCAGCCGCACUUUCACAUGUGACACCCAAACCUGCAGGCAGGAGGGAGGAGAGCGAUCAGAGGUCACAACCUCUGCUGCUUCUCUACAUGUCUACCUGCUGAAUGACUCAAUCAUCUGUAACCAUAGCAACCAGGUCAGCUGGACCGAGGACAUUAAAAAGGCUGAACAUUUCUGCCCCCAACAUGCUGAUCAAGACAAACAACACAACAACAUUAUUGUCCCCGUGCUCUGUUCUUUCAGCAUAGUUUUCAUAGCAACUGUUGCAGCAGUUUGUUGUUAUCGAAAGAGACGAAAAUAUAAAAGAAGGUACAUCAAAAAUACAGUAUAUGAAACGGUACAAGCUACAACUUACCGUCUGAAUCAGAUCCCAACAGAUGAUACUUCAGGUGUUUCUCCAACCUCCACCUACUACUUGGUAGGGCCUCACACUGGACCUGUGGGAUCACCUGAGAGAGGCAGGACUCUACCAGAGAGCCUGUAUGCUCAUGUUAAAAAGUCUGCCAGAGCCUGAAACAAUUCAUCAGGUAUUGUGCAGCUAGCAAUUUCCAGUUUGUAUUUAAGUGCUGCCCAAGCUGGAAACACAGCACAAACCCAACCGCACCAUCACAGCUUGUACAGUUUAUAUUACUAUUGACAUAGUGAUGCCUGUGUGACCUGCUUUGGUAUGAAAAUACUUUUCCCAUACACAAACAUUUCAUAGAAACGACUGUAAAACAAUGAGAAAACGUUAUUAGCAAUGCAAUUAGUUGUACAUUAAAGGGAUACUAUGCGAUUCUGCAGAGAGUUUGUUGAUAUUUGAGUUCAACUGCUAAACAAACAUUCCCCUCCCUGCUCCUUCGGAAGCCCCCCCAAACUUAUGAACGCGCAUUGCCAUGAUAACCAGUCCUACUCUGCUGAAAUAUAGCAGAAUCCACAGCAUCUGCUGUCCGAGAGCCUCAAUAAGAGGGCAUGUUUUAACAGUAUUGUAGAAGGUGUGACAACAAGCCUGUCAAUAUUAAAAUACUGUAUGUAUUGAAGCAAAAUACUUUUCUAAGUCUAAAUCUAAGACACAGAGUCUAGUUUAUUAUCAGUAGGAAUAUAUAGGAGUGGAACUUAAAUAGUUACAAUUAUUGAACAAACAGCAUCAAACAAACAACAUGUAACGUUAAGAUCACAAACGCAGCAUCUGAGUAAAAAACUAGCGAGUUAUUUGAAAUAGCUUUUACAAAAAUACAGUGACUGACAAGAGUUGGGAAGCACAGGAGCGACUGUUUAUUUCCAGAGCCCAAGUCAGUGCUAACUUUGGGGCUAACCUCUUUCAUAUUAUUCAACAGGCAGCAACACACGGGAGCUUCUCUAGUCCUGAGAAGCUGCAGUCUUUAUUCACCGGCCACUGUAACUUCUACCGUACAUUUACUGCUGAACAAGCCUUAUUGCUGACCCGUUUCUCUCCAUUCACUGGGACACCCUACCACACACACACACACUGACCGCUGUGGCAAAGCUAACAAAGCAAACAGCUAGGAUUAUCAGAAACAUGACAACAGACAAAUAAGAGAGUAAUUAGUGACCCUGUCGUUUAUGUGGAGCAGAAAAGCUAACGUUAGCCUACCUACCUGUCCAGCAGAAACAGCAGCAACCUCAGAAUCGGUUUUCUUUCUUUUCAAAUCUAGGAGAUUUAUCCAGCAUUGAAACCCCACACAGAUUAUAACACAGGUCUCCCCCUCACCUGGUCUUAUAACUUGUUUCAUUUCCCUCUUUGGCUAUUUCUCAGCCAUUUUCACAGCUAUAGGGUCCCCUAAGAAGUCCAGCAUGUUCGAAUGUUUGUUAUUAGGUGCGUUCGAGAUGACGGCGGCUGACUUUCGCCGACUUGAUGGAGCUGCAGGUGACUGCAGGGGCGGGGUAUAAAAACAGCGUCGUCAAGUCGGACACAUUCUACCUGCAGCAGCUUACUGUGAGCUGAGAUCAAUGACUGAUCUCACGGCAUUUGCAAAGAAAAAUACCUUGAGACCAAGCAAUAGUUUGUUCCAUCUUGGUGCAGUUGGGGAAAAGUAACUGCGGCCGCCAGACUCGGCGUCUACAGCUGCCUUGCUCCCUCAAGGUUUUAAUGUCAUGUGACAUGGUGACGUUUUGCAGCGCCGGCGAAAGUCAGACACAAUUUCUAACCAGCAUGCAUCACGUUAAGUCAGCGCUACGCAGCGCCGCAUUGAGUCAAACGCACCUAUUCUCUCUUCAAUUGCUUUGAGCGCGCCACCGCCACCUGUUGCUCGCUCCGAGCAGCUUUGUUUGUGCUCAAUUUACAGAACCAGGGGCUGUGUAGGAAAACCGGAUUUUUUUUCAGAGCACACAAAAAACAGAGAGCUACCAACCCAUGAGGAAAUAUUCGCUGAAUUUAACAGUUAAGUGUAAAAGUGUAAGAAUCGCAAAGUAUCCCUUUCAGUGUAUCAGUGUCUUUUCAGUUACAAUUUAGAAUGUGACUAUAUCUGUGUGAAUGUGAAUACAUCUGUGUGAACUGAUUUCAUGUUGUUUUAUAAUUUUAUAUUAUAUAGAUGUAUUUUUCAUCUUCUGAAAUUUGUUGUUUGUUUGUGGUAUCGGCUGAUGCCAAGUACUGAUCUGAUACCAGUGUGAAACUUAAUAAGCUGUAUUCUUCACUGUGAGGAAAAGACUGUAACUUUACACAAUAUUACUUGCUGGUCCAACUGUGUCCUCAGAAAGAACGCCAGCUCGGCGCCUUUUUAAAACUCGCCACUCUCCUUUUCUCUUCCUAGCUUCCUCUGUCAACAUCCUCUUUUUGGACUCUUCACCUCUGCCAUAAGCUAACGUUAAGUCCAUAGAGGCUGCUGUGCUGCUCACCUGGCUGCGGCUCGGCACCCCUAUUAGCAGAAUAAUGUUGCUUAGAUUUGGGUGGCAAACUAGCCAACAAAGAUAGACAGCAACAGACGCAAGAGCACUUACAGUAAUGUUACACAUGUCAGAGUGUGUUACCUAGUAAGUUUGCUAACAGCAACUCAAGAUAGUUUGUGGUUAAAUGUCUGUCUGUGAAGCCUCUGGCUGAUUUUCCUUGAGUUGACAACUUUGCUAAACACAGCUAAACAUUGAGAAAGAACAAGAACACAAGACACAGCAAGUCAGACAAUAAUUUAUUAUUCACUAGUCUAACAACUAUAAGGCCAGCUAGGCUUCGGUCGUGCAUCCAUUAUGCUCACACCAAUGGGGACAAGUUUACUAAUAUUUACUCUUGUCGCUCUGUCUCACUGUUUAUCUGUUCCUCGCUUCCUCUGACACCAACUCUCUUCACAGCCUCUAACAUGAUAUCCAUACUAGUGGUGGAAUGUAUAUUUAUUUAAGUACUGUAAGUAAAUUAGAGGUACUUGUACUUUACUUGAGUAUCUUCUUUUAAUGCCACUUGAUGCUUUUACUCUACUACAUCUCAGAGAGAAAUAUUGCACUUUUUACUCCACUACAUUUAUGUGACUGCUUGAUUUUUACAAACAAAACACAGGAAGAAUUUAUCAAUAUGUUUUGUUCUAAAUAAGUAAAUAAGUACAACUGAAACGAUUAGCCAAUUAAUCAAUAAGUCAAUUUACAGAAAAUUGGCAACUCAUUUUUAAUGCAAAGAAAAUGUCGUGUUUCCAGUUUCACAAAUGUUAAGAUUUGCUGCCUUUCUUUUAAUUAUUUGAAUAAUUUUAAUGUAGUGUUUCAGUUUUUUUUUUUACAACUGUUUGCACAUGUUUUCAAAACUGUCUCCUUUUUUUAAAAAACUCAAUUCUUAAAACUGCUCACACAUAAUGCAAAAUGCCUUAUUUCUCCUUCAAAAUGAAAUACGUCUUUUAAAAUGCCAUAAACGCAUGUCAAAAUGAAGCUUUUGCAUCAAAUAGCAAAAACCUUUUUGUCAUAAUAGUACAUUUUUGGAUAUACCAUGUACACAC